CUGAGUCUGUCUGAUUACAUUCGUUUAUAUGAAUAGAAGUCACCUUCAAAUCAAAGCACAAAGAAUUCAGCAUCCUUAACGGAUGACUCAAGAUGCCAUAUUCCUCACUGAAUGCUUCCAUGAGGCUGGUGACCAUACUGAUAUGGUUUCAUCUAAUCUGGAACACAGGAUUAAGUUCUUCGGAAAAUAAACACAGAGAAAAGAGAGUGGCGAUACUGGGUACAACAGAAAUUCCUGCUGCUUCCGUUGAUCUUUCUCAGUUCAAUUUCACUGAUCUGGUAAAUGGAAUGCUCAGAAAAGCAGUGAAAGGAGCCAAAAAUGUCUUCUCGUUUUUGAGUGUGACGUCAUACAGCUCCAUGGCAUUCCACAAAGUCUCAAUCCUAAUUUAUAAUAUUUCAAACAUAAAAUAUGUAGACUAUCAAAAAUUUCCCAUGAGAUACUGUUACUGUUUAAACAAUCGAACUAAUGACUUGGCAGAUUACACAGUAUUACUGCUUGACAUCAUUGGCAAUUCUACCAGCUCUCUAAAGGAACUUUUUAAGUCCACUUCGAUUGUAUCAGUAAGUCAGAGUAAUGAAUCAGACUGCAUCUAUCUCUGUGUUAUGACAGGCAGAACAGGAAGAAAUCUGUCAGACUUAUGGGAUGUAACGCAGAAGGCCCCGGUCGUAAAUUUCACCUUCCCAAAAAACGAUUCUACCAUUUUGGAUUUUGACUUAAUUCUGCCAAACUUAAUAAUGUCAGCGGAAGAUACAAAUGUUAUAAUGGACAUCCCAAAAGAAUUAUGGACAUUAAAGACAUUCACAAAAACAUAUCUUGAAUCAGUUGCUGCCACUGGCCAAAAAAUAUCUCCAACAAUAACAUCUGCAUGGAGCCCUACUGUUUCUACAAAAGGUCAGGGCAUGUCCUUCACUGCUUUACCAGCAAAUCCAAGUGAAAUGUUCUCAAAAAAAACAGUUACUCGUGAAGCUCCAUUGACUCAAGUUCCUCUAUCAAAAGGUCAGAGCGUUUGGCUUACCAGGCUACCUUCUUGGUUGCUUGGCGUUUCUUCAAAUGCGAUUGACAGUAUACCAUCUAAAACAGAUCACUUGGUUGGAAGUCUGGUACCCCAAAAACAACAGGAGUCUUCUGGAAAGUUUUCUUCGUUUGAGCAAAAUGCUUUAAAAGAUCACAGUAUUUCAUUUUCAAGCCAUAAACCACAAGAAGUACCUUACUUAAACCUACCAAAACGGACAACGAUUGCUGCUUUGGAAUUGCUGGAAAGACCUUAUUCAGUUAUGCCUUUAUGGACACAUGUUGGUUCAAAAGUUGAUGAGAUUCACACUCCUAAACAAUCAUCUAGAGUACUUUAUGAUGCUUUACUGACGCAACCUGUCCAUUUGUCAAGGACAACAGAAAUAAAUAAAAAUAAUAUUGUGUCAAGGACUCCUGAUAUUUUAAACACUGUUGUUUCUACUUUGGUUAAAACGACAGAACCAAUAAAACAGGACAUAUCUGCUGUAAAAAUGUCACAGAGGGAAGAAAUUGUUGUUGAUGGACAAAAUCUCUCUACAAAAAGACCUCCAUUACCCCAGUCUACAAUAUACAAAGAACAUACAACAUCUUCAAAGACAUUUACCUCUCUAGGAUGUCUGCAGGCAAAACUAGCAUCGACGUCCCCAUCAAUUACACUUGUCUUUCAGAAUAUUAAGCCGUGUGUGAUGGAACUCUGUAGAUUUUAUCAGCAAUGCCUUUGCCUUAGCCAAGAACAAUAUUCAAGACACAAGAUUCAAAGGCACUGUAUUCAGUACUAUUCCUGGUAUCUGAAAAAUGCAACGUUCAUCUGUGAAACAGUUAAAAGAAAUUCACAAACACGCACAUUAAGGCAAAAAUGCCUUUUAAACAUCUGCAAAUCAAUCUAAAUCCCCGUGGAACUGUCUGGAUAUCACAUUACUUGAAAAUAUUUUAA